AUGGCAAGUGUUGCUCAUAAAGUUGCUUUAAUCACAGGUGCUAGUUCUGGCAUUGGCGCAGCAACCUGCAGACUCUUUGCUCGUGAAGGUUAUAAAAUAGCUCUAACUGGUCGAAAAUUGGACAAUUUACAGUCUGUGGCUCAAAAUUGUGCUGAUGUAGAGAAAUUAGUUGUCCAAGCCGAUUUGACUAAGGAAAAUGAAACUGAAGAUGUCGUUACAAAAAUUAUUAAUCAUUUUGGACGACUAGAUGUAUUGGUAAAUAAUGCUGGCAUUUUAGAAUCAGGUAACAUUGAAACAACUAAUCUGGAGCAGUAUGAUCAUCUCAUGAACACCAAUAUCCGUCUAUCACCUAACGCAAAAGGCAGAUCUAUCGUGAACGUUUCUAGUGUCAAUGGUCUGAGAGCGUUUGCUGGAGUUUUGGCUUAUUGCAUGUCUAAGAGUGCUGUAGAUCAAUUUACGAGAUGUACCGCUCUAGAACUAGCCAGUAAGCAAGUUCGUGUAAACUGUGUAAACCCUGGUGUUAUUGUGACUAACUUGCAGAAGCGGGGAGGGCUCAAUGAUGAAGCUUACGCACAGUUCUUAGAAAGAAGUAAGACAACACAUGCAUUAGGCCGCGUGGGACAACCCGAAGAAGUUGCUAAUGCAAUUUUAUUCCUUGCAUCAGAUAAAGCUUCCUUUAUUACUGGUGCAACUUUACCAGUCGAUGGUGGGAGACAUGCAAUGUGUCCUCGUUGA